UAAAAAACAAAACAAUCCUGUUGCAGUCAGUGAAGGUGACACAACAGGCAGCCUCGGAGCUCGCUGCUCAUUUCCUGAGUGCAGACAGAGAAGACGUUUGUCGACGGAGAGCAGAGGAGCUGAUCUAAAACAAAAUGACUACGGUGGAGAAAACAUACGACCGCAAAGACACGACUCUGAAGUUUGUCAACAGGCCGGAUGAUCUGGAUCCACUACCCCCAGAGGAAGGAGACAAGUGUCUCCGAGCAGAAAUGUCCUGCGGUCAUGCCGUCACCCCAGAGUCUCUCACAGGGUGGUGUCGCAGCUUGCUGGAUCAGGGCCAGUACAAAUUUAAGUGCCCUGCUUUAAAGCACGGUACCUUGCAAAAGUGUGAUGCAGCGUGGUCUUAUCAAGAGGUGCGCAGGCUGGCAGUGCUGACAGCUGAAGAGAUGCAGUACUUCGAAGAGAACAUGGCUCGUCUGGCUGUUACAGAAUACUGUGAAUUCAAAACAUGUCCUGGGUGCAAAACCUAUGUGGAGAGAGAGGACCUGACAAACCUCAGUGUGCAGUGCACAGUCUGCACAGCAGACAAGAAGAAAGUUUACCAGUUCUGCUGGCAGUGUCUGAAGCCGUGGAAAGGUACAGCUCCACGCUCUGACCGCUGCGACAACAACGGCUGCAUCAACCACGACCUCGAGCUACUCAAGAACUGCAAGACCACCGCCCUCCCUCAGGUGCAGGGGGUGGAUGCGUGUCCCUCCAUCCGGGCCUGUCCCACCUGUGGUCAGAGGGUGGAGCACGACAAAACGGGCUGUAAGAACAUCAUCUGUCCUCGCUGUCAGGUUGAGUUCUGCUUUGUGUGUCUGAAGCUCACUCCUGAGUGCCUGGAAACGAGCUCUUACUUCAUCCCCUGCAGUGAUGGUGUGGCUCCCAGACAAACCUCCAUACCUGUGUGGCACAGAAACUAAGAGUGCAAACACAUUCACUAGUCGUGUGUAGCUUACACCCUUCUUCUGUCACACUAUACUGUACUUUUCCUGUUAGAUUCUCUUUGCAACCGAAGCCAGUAGUGUAGGCUUAUAGGUUUAUUUGUUCAUGUACAAUGUGAGCAUUAAAAUGUUAUGCUGUAUUUUCUCAUAAUGUUGUAUAAUGCACUCUUUUUAAUAUUGCCACUGAAAGUUGCUUCCUCACAAUUGAUCUCUGCUCGAUAAUAGUUCAUCAUUAAUAACUGAGCAUCACUUAAUAAAGUUUCCCUUUACAUGAA